AUGGCGCGGCUACCGGGGCAGCCUGCCUUGGAGGCCCUUGCACUCGCAUCUUUCAGUUCCAGUCAUCGCAUCCAUGGUGCCUCACAAGCCAUUUCUCGGCUGGACAGCCUGCCUGGAAUGCCGGAGCUUCCUGAGGAAGCCGCUCCUGCAUCCGCGCAGCUGUCACUGCCCUCGCGCAGGCGCUGCGGUGCUGCGGAGCCUCGCCUCCGAGGCGACCUGGCAGCUGCCUCCAGAGACUUGUCGGGUCUCAGGGCUCAGGCGCGCCACGUCGAAGACAUGAUGCAGGCGAGUAGAAGCAUCCUGGGCGACGUGUGCCUGAAGCAGCUGGACCAUCUCACGGCACCCUCGGAGAAGGCCAAGAGCGCCGCUCAGCUGCGGCAAGUCAGAGCACUUGUGGAGGUGCAAGAGGACCUUCGGAAGACCAUGCAGGAAAAAGAGCUGCGGUCCCGUCUGCAGGAGCAGCAGAGUUUGCACCGAAAGGAGCUCGAGGAGCAGAGAGCUUCCUCCCAGCAAGCUCUGGAGGAGCAGAAGGAGUUCUUCGAGAAGGCUCUGAAGGCGGUGCUGCCGGCGGCGGACGGCUCUCACAGCGCCUCCAAGGCAUUCGCGGCCGAAGAGGUAGCGGUGCCGAUCGACCAGGUGCCCAGAGGCCUUCGCUUGGAUGAUCUGCUGCGCCUGGUGGAGGAGAACAAAGAGUGGCUUCAAGGCCCCACGGCCCGGGAAAAGAUGACGGGCCGAAAGAACAUGUACGACGUCACUCCGGAGCUCAUCAUCGCACGAUCCCCGGGUGAGGAACGCAUCGUGGAGCUUGCGGAAGAGGAUGCCGAGAAGAUCGCGAAAUCCCUCGCCGGUGGUGACGACGGAAUCUUCGUGAAAGGCUCCCUUCAAUGUCGGGAGGGAGCCAAACUCGGAGGUCUCCCCGUGGAGAACCUGGUGAUCCAGGGGGUCCUGUGUGAGGACGGUGCGCAGCGCAGGGAGUACUGGAAGCACGGUAGUGAUGCUUGGCUGAUGCACAUGGGAGCGCACGGAGCGCUGGCGCACCACGGACAGGAUGCGAUCCCUGCGAGGCUGCUCGGGAAGCAGCUAGGCGAAGCAAAUGCUCGCCGCAAGAAGGAGCUACUCAAGCAGCAGUAUAGCGGCUUGAGCCAGGUGGCUUACGUCGGCGUGGUCAAGCAGGGAGAAUUUGAGACGCUUUGCUUUGCCAAGUCCUUACGACUCCACGCUGAGAAGGUGCACCCCGGAAACCCAGGAGCCAUGUGCUACUACAUCUGCUCGUUGCUUGGCAGAGUGGGGCUCGUCCGUUUGAUUCGGAGCAUCGAAGCGGGCAGCUUCCAGGAUCUUGGAACUGACUGGCAAUCGUCACCCUUCAAUCGGGCCCUGGAGCAUGUAGCCGCAUGCUCCGACCUGAGCCGCCGCAUGAAGCAGGACUCCGUGUAUUGCGCGGUGAUGCUGCACCGGUUCGACGAGAGGUGCAGCACGCUGGAGUGGCGCAUUUGGUGUAUCUUCGAGAUCUGGCGCUGCUGCAAGUUGGAGCUUCGGCUAGAUCUGUUCUCCGUGGAGGGCCAGCUGACGCGCAUAUCCAGCACCCCCCUCGCUUGCAAGAUCCGCAAGCAAGCGAAGGGCCUGGACAUGUCGAACACCAAAUGCUCCGAGAAGCGCGAUGCUCGGCUGAUCAACGACCAACGGAUGAUCGAACAAGCGAUCAAAACCAGCGGCACUACCUGGGCCCAGAUCGCUGGCAUGAUCCAGCUUCAGAUCAGUAGCCUCGUGGAGUUCUCCGCCAGCCUGGCCAUCUCACGCAACGCCCUCACAGGCGCGGCAUACCUUACGGACUUGAGCGGCGUUCUGCCCAAGCUCCUGUGGCACUCGAAUGUGCAAUGCGCGAACCAGGAAAUCGUCUCGCAGUGGAUGGAGAAUCAGCUAGGCUCAGCUGAGGUCCGAGAUUCAUCCAGCAUCAUCAACGACUGCAUAAAGGCCCGAAAGACGUGGGAUCGCGGUGUUGGCCCCUGGCUGCACUGCUGCAGGGCCAGCUUCAGCGCAUCCUCGUCGUUGGACAAGGAGGCAGCUCAGAGUCGUGAGGAGAGCCGCGCAGGCGCAGCCUGCCUUCUGGGUGGCGGGGUCCAGGAAACAGUGAUCCCGCUGCGGGUGCCCUUGGCAGAGCUGGCAGACAUCAAGGAAGGAGUCGAUCUGUUUAAGGCCUGGGCACAGCGAGCCUUCGGCAGCGACAGCGACGAGAUUUUGAGAGGCGAUCGGCGGCUCGUCUUGGUCCUGGACGGCCUGGACGAAGCCGCCACGGCCCGCCGACGGGUCCUCAAGUGGCUCCAGAAGUGGCUGCAGGCAAACGGCCACCGAUGCGUUUGCAUCAUCGUCGCCUCUCGGCCGUCCGGGACCAACCAGGUGCUGGGCAGCGACGGCAGCGCUCGCGAGCCGGCGGGGUCGGCCGUGCUUGGCCAGCUCUCCGAGACGUCGCUGCUGACCCAGGAGCCGCUGCCGGUCUCCUGCCACGUUCGGCUGCAUGACGGCGCUGGGCAGAGCCUGGGAGCUGCCACCGUCCUCUCCUGCGAGGAGGGCUUCCUUUUGAAAAAGAAGAAGGACGAGGUUGGCCUGAAGCCCGGGGUGCCCCCUCUGAAGGUGCGCCGCAAGGAUCCGAAGCAGGUCUUCUCCGCCACGGUUUGCCUCGACUACGCCGACCGCUCCAGCGCCAGGGCUCUCCUGGAGCGGGCCUUCCGGGAGGCAGGUGGAGAUCCGAAGGAGGAGAGUCAUUUCGUGGUGGCGCGCCGGGCCGACGGCGAAGUCUGGAAGGACGACAGCCCCAUUAGCUACGGCCAGAUGCUCUCCUGGCCCAAAGGCGCCUUUCCCUGCCGCGCCUUCCUCAAGACAAAGAAUCUCAAGACCAAAGUCAACACGGCCGACGGUGAAGUCGAAGACGUGCAAGUGAGCCUCUGCGAGACAUCAUCUGGCAUCUUCCUCUCGGCUGACCUGGAGCCAGGCGAUGAGGUCGAGCUCAGCAGCGGCUUGCAAGAACUCCUGCCUCUCGACCGUUGCUUCCGCGUGGUCCUGGAUACGCCCGUCCCGAGCUGCCCGGCGAUGCUAAACGAGAUGACGGCGCAGGAUGAGCUGUCCCUGCAGCUCGGCUUCGCCCCGUUCGAGAUCCUGCCGCUCAGUCCUCCUGUGGCCUCGAGGAUCUCGAAGUUCGGUGAGGAAGAGCUGAGAGCGCUCCCCGAAGCGGUUUGGCGGACGCCGCUCAUGGCCAGCAUCCUGGGCACAUAUCCUCGGGGGCAGAAGGAGGAAGAGCUCGACGGCGCCACGGCAGAGCUGGUGCUGAUGGAGCAUGCUGUGGAAACGCUGCUGAAGCAGGCAGAGGAGCGGACCGGCUGCAAGGAGCUGCGAGCAGAGCUGGGCCCGCUGUGCUUGGCCAAGCUCCAGGUGGGCCAGCGGCUGCUGUUGGAGUCGGACUUCACCAGCCAGGUAGUCUUCCAGGAAGCGCAGCUCGGGCACUUGAGAUUCUUCGAGCCGUCUGGCCAAGCGGUGCAGCUGUACCACCUGCGAAUGCAGGAGUAUCUGGCCGCAGAGGCCCGGUUGGCGGGUGCCCAGGCGCCGGCCUGGAAGCAAGCCUUCGCCGAAGCGCAGCAGCAGCCGAUGUUGAGAGGUGCCCUCCGCUUCUGUCUGAUGAUGCAGACGGCCCAUGCGGCGGAGGCGGAAAUCGACCUAUCUAGCCUAUCAUCUUCAAAGCUGGGCGCCGCGGACGCGGAGGCUUUCCAAGGAGCUCUGCUUUGCAGCGAGAAGCUGGUCCUCGACUUGGAUGGGAACCAUCUGGGCCCGGAAGGCGGCAGCAGCCUGGCCUCGGCGCUGCCCAAACGGCUGCGACGGCUGGAGCUGAAGCUGGCUGGAAACAGAAUCGGUGUCGAGGGCACCCGCGCCCUGGCCGCCAGCUUGGCCGAGCUCCCGCUCCAAGAGCUGCGGCUGAGCCUGAUGAUGAACGGGAUCGGCGAUGACGGGGCCCAAGCCUUGGCAGCUGCCAUGGCCAAGCUGCCCCAGCUCCAGAAGCUGGAUCUGAGCGUCAACUCGCUGGGCGCCGAAGGGGCCCAAGCCUUGGCAGCUGCCAUGGCCAAGCUGCCCCAGCUCCAGAAGCUGGCGCUGGAUCUGAGCGUCAACUCGCUGGGCGUGGAGGGCGCCCGCGCCCUGGCCGCCAGCUUGGCCGAGCUCCCGCUCCAAGAGCUGCAGCUGGGCUUGAACCGGAACGAGAUCGGCGCCGAAGGGGCCCAAGCCUUGGCAGCUGCCAUCGCCAAGCUGCCCCAGCUCCAGAAGCUGGCGCUGUUUCUGAGCAACAACUCGCUGGGUGACGAGGGCACCCGCGCCCUGGCCACCAGCUUGGCCGAGCUCCCGCUCCAAGAGCUGCGGCUGGACUUGGAGCGGAACGAGAUCGGUGACGAGGGCACCCGCGCCCUGUCCGCCAGCUUGGCCGAGCUCCCGCUCCAAGAGCUGCGGCUGGAGCUGCGGUAUAACAAGAUCGGCGCCGAAGGGGCCCAAGCCUUGGCAGCUGCCAUUGCCAAGCUGCCCCAGCUCCAGAAGCUGGAGCUGUUUCUGAGCAACAAGUCGCUGGGCGAAGAAGUGAGGGAUCAGCUCAGGGGCCAACUGAAGGCGCUGCCCAUCCCGGAGAAGGGCAUCGACAUCUAA